GCCCCUCGACUUCCCAGACAGGAGCGGCAAUAUGGCGGCCCCCGGAGCUGGCGACCCUCUCAAUGCUAAGAGUGGACAGGCCCCUCCGGCCCAGCGCAUCGACCCGACUCGAGAGAAGCUGACUCCCGAGCAGCUGCAAUUCAUGCGGCAGGUGCAGCUCGCCCAGUGGCAGAAGACGCUGCCACAGCGGCGGACCCGGAACAUCUUGACCGGCCUGGGCAUCGGGGCCGUGGUGUUAGCUAUUUAUGGUUACACUUUCUACUCAGUGUCCCAGGAGCGUUUCCUAGAUGAGCUUGAGGAGGAGGUCAAAGCUGCUCGAGCCCGAGCAAGGGAAAGGGCAUCCGGACCCUGAUCCAGAUGGGCAUCGCACAUCUCCAACCUGCUGGAGCCCCUUCACGUGAUGGAUGAUGCCCCGUGACCUUGUCAAAGUUGAAGCCUGCUCACAGCAUUGCUGGCCACCUUACCUUGGACGAUGAUUAAGCCCAUGAAACUAUGGAUUUAUGCAUUUGGCCGCUGUCAAGGGAACGUUGCCCACCUCACACUCACUGUGUGUGGCAGUGGAGCCCUUGUAGGUUUUUUGUUUUGUUUUGUUUUGUUUUUGAAAGGUAUCCAACCUUGGCUUUUCCCAGGCUUUCUGACUUGGCGGUUUAUGCCCCUCAUCUCCCAGGGGCUGAGAGGAAGGAGGACCAGAAGUGGGCUGUUAACGGGAGUGGGUGUGGCAACUCUGUGCAGUAUUGGAUGUAUGAGGAAAGACGGGGUCAGGUUGAGAAUAAACUGAGUCAAUCUC